CUAACAGGAAGCAAGAAGCCAGCCACCAUGGCCUCACCUUCCUCUUACCCUCUGGAGGAGGACGAGAGUCUGAAAGGAUGUGAGCUGUAUGUCCAGGAGCACAGUGUGCAACAGGUCCUCAAAGACUGCAUUGUGCAUCUCUGCAUCUCCAAGCCGGACCGCCCCAUGAGGUUCCUGCGGGAGCACUUUGAGAAGCUGGAGAAGGAAGAGAACAGACAGCUCCUGGCUCAGCAGAAGGCGGCCUCCCAGUCUGACUCGCACGAUGAGGAGGUCUCACCGACCCCCCCGAACCCCGUGGUGAAGGCCCGCCGCCGCCGCGGGGGCGUGAGCGCCGAGGUGUACACGGAGGAGGAUGCUGUGUCCUACGUGAGGAAGGUCAUCCCCAAGGACUAUAAGACCAUGACGGCGCUGGCUAAAGCCAUCUCCAAGAAUGUGCUGUUUGCUCACCUGGACGACAACGAGAGAAGCGACAUAUUCGAUGCCAUGUUCCCUGUCACUCACAUCGCCGGGGAGACCGUUAUACAGCAAGGGGAUGAAGGAGACAACUUCUACGUGAUAGAUCAAGGAGAAGUGGAUGUGUACGUGAAUGGAGAGUGGGUGACCAGCAUCAGCGAAGGAGGCAGCUUUGGGGAGCUGGCACUCAUCUACGGCACCCCCAGAGCAGCCACAGUGAAGGCCAAGACUGACCUCAAGCUCUGGGGCAUCGACCGGGACAGCUACCGGCGCAUUCUCAUGGGCAGCACGCUGAGGAAGCGCAAGAUGUACGAGGAGUUCCUCAGCAAGGUCUCCAUCCUGGAGUCCCUGGAGAAGUGGGAGCGCCUGACGGUGGCCGACGCCCUGGAGCCCGUCCAAUUUGAAGAUGGAGAGAAGAUUGUGGUCCAGGGGGAGCCUGGGGACGAUUUCUUCAUCAUCACAGAGGGCACGGCCUCAGUCCUCCAGCGCCGGUCCCCGAAUGAGGAGUAUGUGGAGGUGGGGCGCCUUGGGCCCUCCGACUACUUCGGGGAGAUCGCACUGCUGCUGAACCGGCCCCGGGCGGCCACCGUGGUGGCCCGGGGGCCCCUCAAGUGCGUCAAGCUGGACCGGCCUCGCUUCGAGCGCGUGUUGGGCCCCUGCUCCGAGAUCCUCAAGAGGAACAUCCAGCGCUACAACAGCUUCAUCUCUCUGACCGUCUGAGCGCCCGCCCGCGCCCGCAGCCCCGCUUCCCGUAUGCUGGUGUCCGUGUCCGUGUCGGGGAGGCUGCAGGGCGGGGCUGGCGUCCCAGCCAUUCAGGGGCCACCCCUCCCUCCGGACUCACAUUUGGAAUAAAACAGUCACCUUCUGCAUUUC